CGCAUUAUUACCUAAGAUAACUUUUUUUUUGCCGUAGCCAUUUAUUAUCGACUUAACGAACAUCGCACUUGGGGACGACGAGGACGAGGAAGUGGCAUUGAAAGUAGGAAUUGGUCUCACAAUCGAUGCAAUUACUUGUAGAAUCAAAACCGGCAUCAUGUCUUGCAAGUUGACCCCUUGGGGCGCCGCCGCCGCCGCCGCCGUCCGGAAUCUCAGCAUACGAACGCGACGAACACCCACGACCGCCUUCCGAAUAGCAUCCCGACCAGAACAACGACCAGCAUAUCAUCAGACACCAUUCUUCAUAACGAGGAGAGGGCUUGCAGACGACACCGACACAAGAAUACCGCCCCAGUCCGAAACCCCACCACCAACUCCCGCACAAUAUGUGCACAAGCCGCCCGAGGUCUUUGCGCCAAACUUCCUCAACGCCGAGGCCAUAGCCGCACUCGAGAGAGUUGCUGCUAACCAGGCUCUCGACGACGGCGACGAAGGCCUGUUGUUCAACAUGCCCGACCGCGUCGGCAAGGGCCAGCAGCUGCAGGACAGGUACCAUCCCGUCGUAGAGCAGGUCACGAAGCUCCUGAUGAAAGACGGGAAGCUAAGCCAAGCGCAGAGGAACAUGGCCAUGAUCCUCAACUACCUCCGCACCACCCCCUCCCCUAAAGUCUCCCCCCACCGGCCCCUCCUCCCCGGCAGCCCCCCCGCCGACCAGCUCCCCCUCAACCCGCUCCUCUACCUAACCCUCGCCAUCGACUCCGUCGCGCCCCUGAUCCGCAUCCGCAGUCUGCGCGGCGCCGCCGGCGGCGGCCAAUCGCUCGACCUGCCGCAGCCCAUGGCCGCGCGCGCGCGCCGCCGCAUCGCCGUCAUGUGGAUCCUCGACGCCGUGCGCCGCAAGCGCUCCGCCGGCUCCGGCCGCGCCCAGUUCGCCACCCGCUUCGCCCAGGAGCUCGUCGCCGUCGUCGAGGGCAAGUCCGCCGUCUGGGACAAGCGCAACAGCAUCCACAAGCUCGGCACCGCCGCCCGCGCUAAUCUGACCCAUCAUGCUGUCGUGGGGAAGCAGCGGCGGAAGUAGGUAGUCGUAGCCGUAGCCAUAGCCGUGGUCGCUAUAGACUGGAGAUAUAGGCUACGUUAGGUUAGAUUAGGUUAGGUUAGGUAUCUACGUGUUAGGUACAGAUGCCGAGACGAUUGUUGGCUCGUGGGAGGGAGGAAACAUUGCAGCUUGGGGACCGACACGCAUCGGAGCGUUCCUCGUGGGACAUCGUACCUAUGGAUAUAUGUACCUAAGGUACCUAUAGAUAGAUGGUCGGCUGUGGCAGUCUACCUUACCUAGGUACCUAUGUAGGUAUGUAUGUACACAUCUAGGCUGCCUAUGUAUGAUAUAAAUCAAAAGCCAUGUACAAAGACGACACACACUCCUUGCCACACGUUCUCUUGGUGAUAUUUACGGUACUGAAAAUCGAGGGUUUGGACAAGUUAUAGCUUCGUAUUUAGCAGAGCCUUAUAGUUGUCCUAGCGACGUAGCUGACGGGAGGGAAGGGUUCAUCUACUAGACCAGGAAGACAUACGAUUAAAAUAGGCAAAUUGUCUUUACUUAGGUAGGUACCUAACCUAACAUAUAUGUGAUAUAAUAGAAACUUGUGAGGUGGUUGCAGGUAAAUUUCAGCUCAAGUUAUUGC